AUGAAGGAAAUUAAUUACGCAACGGACGGAGGGAUAGAGCUAGACUCGCCAAUGGUGAUUAAAGCAAAGAAAGCGCUAAUGACCAACAACGGAGAAAAGCUGACUCACUCUGGCGAGUGGCCACUGCUGCUGAAGGGCCUGGAGGACAUGAACAUAAAGUCUCUGAAAUACACCCCAACUUCAUACGGAUACAGCCCGCUGGAAAGGCCUCUGAAUAUCUACUUGGAGUAUGGUGUGAUAAACUUGGACAAGCCAUGCAACCCAUCAUCUCACGAAAUUGUAUCAUGGAUAAAAAACAUUCUUCGGUGCGAAAAAACCGGGCAUUCUGGAACACUCGACCCCAUGGUUUCGGGCUGCCUGCCUGUGUGUCUAAACAAGGCCACGCGAAUAGCAAAGUGCCAGCAGGAUGCAGGAAAGGAGUAUGUGGGGGUGGUCAAGUUUGACGAGGGCAUAACAAAAGAGAUGUUCAUAAAAACACUGAAUCUUUAUGUUGGCCCACUGUUGCAGAGGCCCCCUGAGCAGUGCGCUGUGAAGAGGAAUCUUAGAAUUAGAAAAGUCAUUGAGGUAGAGUAUCUUGACUUUGAUGAGGAGAAGCAGCUAGGAAUGUUCCGAGUUGCAUGCGAGGCAGGAACUUACAUUCGAUCACUGUGCACGCACCUAGGCCUGCAUAUGGGAGUUAAGUCGGAGAUGGUGGAUCUGCGAAGAACAAGAAGCGGAGCUGUCCACGAGGACUCUCUGGUCACCAUGCACGAUGUCCUUGACUCCAUGCACCUGCACCAGACCAAAAUGGACGAGUCAUAUUUGCGUGCAGUGGUGAAGCCUCUGGAGUCUCUUCUUGUUGGAUACCCCAGAAUUAUUAUAAAAGACAGCUGCAUCAACUCAAUCUGCUUUGGAGGGCAGCUCACUGCAAAGGGAGUCCUUCGAUACGGAGACUUUGAUCACAAAGACACAAUUGUGCUUGUCUCGCCAAAGGGAGAGGCAGUUGCUUUGGCAACAGCUCUAGUCACGUCUCCCCAGCUAAGCAUGAUGGACCAUGGUAUUGUAUGCAAGACCAAGAGAGUUAUUAUGAACAAAGACACAUACCAGAAGCAGUGGAAGCUUGGGCCACAGACCCAUAAGAAGAGCGAAAACGCAGCAGUAGAAGAAGCAGCCAGCAAGCCCGCAAGCGAAAAGAAGCCACUCCAGAAAGAAGAAGUGCAGAACAAGAGGAAGCACCAGGAGGAGAAAACUUCAGAGCUUAAGAAACAGAAAAAAGCAUUUUCAUAG